GAGUCGUCAUUUUGCUAUGAUCCCAGAAAUAGUGCUGAUAUGGAUAUUGAUCAUGAUGUAUUGUUUCGAGAAGGAUUAAACUUGCAGCAAGAAGUUACGUAUACACCACGUCUUGUUCUUCUUGAUUUAAAAGGUAAUCUUCAGAGCAUAAGCACAGAGAGCCCCUUGUAUAGGAACCCUCAUGAGAGCAAAAACGAAACAUUAUGGGAAGGGGCAGUAGAUGUUGUGAAGCAAAGUAGCAAAAGAAAGAAUCCAUUUUUAGAAGAAUCAAAUGAGACCCCUGAAAAGAGUGAAGAUUUAAACAUAAUCGAAGCUGUUGAUUCUGAUUCAACAGCAUGGUCCGAUUACUUGAAAACAAAUCUUCAUCCAAGAAGCUUUUGUCUUUUUCAAGAAAAUUCAUCUUCUGAGGAUCAACCUGCUCUUGAUAUUUACAGUUCUGGGGAUGAAGUGUAUAUGGAGACUGGGAAAGAUAUGGUUGAAAAUGCCUUACGAAAAACGAUUGAGGAAUGUGACUAUCUGCAGGGAUUCAAUUUUAUUUUUGAUGCACACAAUGGAUUUUCUGCAAUCUGUAAUCAUGUUCUUCAGCACCUUGAUGAUGAGUAUAGUAGAAGUCCAUCAUUGUGCUUUCCUGUAUUUCAAGAUCAUAAAACUGUUUCCUUACAGGAUGUGAGAAAACAAUUACAUCGAUUAUUUGCAGUGACAACGACAUUAAGCAACCUGAAUAGUUUUGCCACAUGUUUUUCACCUUUAUCAUUAUGUGAUGAUGUUGUAAGACAGACUGAACCAUUUCGAAAGUUUCCUUAUCUGCAAUAUAAUGGAAACCGUUUGUAUCAUUCAAGUGCUAUAUUUGCUACUGCAAUUGAAACACUCACCUCCCAGUGUCGUUUGAAACGCAGGAAAUUCAGUCUAUCUGAUGUAACUUCUGGCAUGUCUAUGUAUAGCAGAAAGCUUGUUUGCUCAAACAUUGCCCUUCCUUUUCCUCUUGCUGAAGAUGCUUAUUUAAGCUGUAUGGUGCGAAAGGAUGUGCCAGAGUAUUUUCCAGUAUCAUUGAGUCCAUUCCAUGACCCAGGCUCAGAAAAGAACCUCUUUCAAUCAGCAGUUUUGAGAGGAAUUCCUCACACCAAAUUUCAGAAGCGAGAUAUAUGUCAACAAUCUAUUCUUCCUGUAGAAGAAGUGUUUGCUGAUUAUCUGAAAAUAUAUUCUGCAAGUUAUACAACAACUGCUACAGUAUUUUCUGAAAAAAUCAGUGUUGAUUCACCAUUUCCAAAAAUUUUCAGUGAAUUAGUUGGCACAACAGGGAUUUUGAGUUCUGCUGCGAACAACAAAAGUGUGGACAAAGUUCCUGUAGCUGCUUCAUUCAGCAGCUCUAACAGUGCAGCAACAUUUAUUGAGGAUUUGCUGUCUCAAGUUUCCAAGACAAAUUUUAAAGAAUACGUGAAAAGUGCUGAAUCAUCUUUUGAAAAAGAUGAGUUUCAAGAAGUAUUGCAAAAUGUGAUUAGUUUGCAAGAUAAUUACCAGAACUAUUGAAAUUAAAUUUUUGUUCAAUGUAAAUUUUGUAUAUGCUGUUCAUGCAUAAUUUUCAUUAAAUUAUUUUAAAAUUAA